AUGACUUUUACGUAUUUCGAAAUCCUUCUAAAUGUGACUUUGUGCUGUUUUGUAUAUAAUGAGGAAAACAUGAAUUUAGAUUUUAUAUUGGAUGCGCUUAGCCUCGGCAACGAGGAUUCGGAGGGAUACAGAUUGAAUGCGAUAAGAAGCUUGCGCACUAGUUUCUGGAUCUCCUUGGGUACAUCCGAUGAAGAACGCGAGAAAAAAAAAUUCAACUAUCUGCUGGAGCAAAAAACUUUCUACUGCGGCCAAAUCAGGACCUGUAUCGCAGAAGCACUGUAA